AUGGCAUCGCUUAAAAACCAAAUCAUUGUCGUAGGCGGCGGUCUUUCUGGCCUUGCUGCUGCACACACCGUGUAUGAACAAGGAGGCAACGUUUUGUUGCUUGAUAAGAAUGCCUUUUUCGGCGGCAACUCUACAAAGGCUACAUCGGGUAUCAACGGUGCUCUUACGCGCACUCAGGUCGCACUUGACAUCAAGGACUCUGUGGAGCAGUUUUACCAGGACACCUUGAAGUCCGCACGUGACUUGGCUCGUCCUGACUUGAUCAAGGUCUUGACUGGUCGAUCCUCCUCUGCUGUUGAAUGGCUCCAGGACAAAUUCGAACUGGAUCUGUCCUUGGUCUCCCGUUUGGGUGGUCACUCCUUCCCUCGUACUCACCGUGGUAAGGAACAAUUCCCUGGUAUGACCAUCACCUACGCUCUUAUGGAAGGUCUUGAGGAGUUGGCCGUCAAGGAACCCGAGCGUGUCCGUAUCGUCAAGAAGGCCAAGGUUGAUAAGUUGAUCAAGGAUAGUGCUAACAACGUCGUUGGCGUGGAAUACGUUUUGGUUGGCAAGGGUGCUGAUGGCAAGACUUACACUGAACACGGUCCCGUUAUCUUGGCUACCGGUGGUUACGCUGCUGACUUCGGUCCAGAUUCCUUGCUCAAGAAGCAUCGUCCCGAGUACUUUGAUCUCGCUACCACCAACGGCGAUCACUGCACUGGUGACGGUAUCAAGAUGGCUGCCGCUGUCGGUGCCAACACCAUCGAUCUUGAAAAGGUGCAGGUCCACCCUACUGGUUUGGUCGAUCCCAACGAACCCGAUGCCAAGGUCAAGUUUUUGGCCGCUGAAGCUCUCCGUGGCUGCGGUGGUAUCUUGUUGGAUGCUGAGGGUAGCCGUUUCUGUGAUGAACUUGGUCACCGUGAUUACGUCACUGGAAUGAUGUGGAAGAACAAGUUCCCUAUCCGCCUGGUGUUAAACACUGCUGCUUCCAAGGAAAUUGAAUGGCAUUGCCGUCAUUACACCGGCCGUGGUUUGAUGAAGCGCUUCGAGAACGGUGAAGCUUUGGCCAAGGAAAUUGGUUGCUCCCCUGAAAAGCUCAAGCAGACCUUUGAAACAUACAACCGCAUUGCUGCCGGCAAGGAGAAAGAUCCUUGGGGCAAGCGUUUCUUCCAUAACGUCCCUAUCAACAUGAACGACUACUUUUACGUCGCAUUGAUGCAACCCGUUUUGCAUUACACCAUGGGUGGUGUUGAGAUCACUCCCGAUUCCGAGAUCAAGAGCAGCAACGGUACUCCUGUGCCCGGUUUGUUCGCUGCCGGUGAAAUGUGCGGUGGUGUCCACGGUGCUAACCGUUUGGGUGGUUCCUCGUUGCUUGGCUGCGUCGUCUUUGGUCGCGUGGCCGGUCAAACUGCUACUCGCUAUCUUUACAAACAGCUCGUUAACAACUCGAGCGUUGGUCAAGCUCAGCAACGUUUGGGAGCCAUUGCUCAGCACUUGAACGGCGGUGUUGGCAUCAGCCUCGUUGUUAACCAGAACGAACCCCGAAUCAACUUGGAAAUCUCUUGGCCCGGUCAGCAAGGCCAGCAAGUUUCUUCUGUUCCUCAGAUCACUGACGCACCUGCCGGCACUUCUGCUGCGGCUCCUGAACAAGUCCAAGCCAAAGAAGAGCCAAAGAAGAUGGGCGAAUACACCUUGGAAGAGGUUGCCAAGCAUAACAAAGCCGAUGACUGCUGGGUUAUCGUGAACGGUCAAGUUUUGGACGUGACCGAUUUCUUGUCAGAGCAUCCUGGUGGUAAGAAGGCUAUUCUUCUUUUCGCUGGUCGUGAUGCCACUGAAGAAUUCAACAUGUUACACAAGCCUGAUGUUGUUGAGAAAUACGCUCCCGAGUCCAUCAUUGGCGUCUUGAAGAAAUAA